AUGUUAAAUACACUGUGUGUGAAGAAUCAUGAAAAUCAUUCGAUAUUGAUACGUAAAAUCGUUGGUUUAAACGAUAAAGAGUAUGUGAAUUCGUGCUCUAGCACUGAAGCAGUAAAUAAGAAUAUAAUCUGGAAAAACAGUAAUAUACCGCCUGUGCGGAAAUCAUUCCGAAAGGUCAAAACUCAGGAUACUGCUUCAACACUGUCCACUACCAACGGACAAAAUAAAACACCUUGUUCAUCAAUUAGAGUACCAACCAGUGCUUUUUGUCGCUUACCGUCGGAAUUGCAUAACCGGAUGGCGACCACGGUACAACAUGCACCAAUUACUGCACCGUCAUCUUCCAGUUCCCAUCAUCAUGCCACUGCUGGAGGCAAUGGUUCGCAUACCAGUGCCCAAAUGUCCUCUCAUCAUGGAGCUCACCCAAGUUCAAGCUCUCAUCAUGGUGCUGGCGGUGGAUUUCAUGGAAGUCAUCGUUCUUCGAAUCUGAAUGCAAAUCGUGUGCAAAGCAGAUCGCGAACCACUGAUGACCCACAUAUUGGGAAAUAUAAGUUGCUCAAAACAAUUGGCAAGGGAAAUUUUGCCAAAGUUAAACUAGCCAAGCACAUUCCUACGGGUAUCGAGGUUGCGAUUAAGAUAAUCGACAAAACUGCUCUCAAUCCGGGCAGUCUACAUAAGUAUUGUGUUUCAGUGAAACUUUACCAAGUAAUGGAAACUGAAAAUACAUUAUACCUAGUGAUGGAAUAUGCGAGUGGUGGAGAGGUAUUUGAUUAUUUGGUAGCUCAUGGUAGAAUGAAAGAGAAGGAAGCAAGGGCUAAAUUUCGACAAAUUGUGUCAGCUGUACAAUACCUACAUCAAAAAAAUAUCAUACAUAGGGAUUUGAAGGCGGAAAAUUUAUUGCUUGAUUCUGAUAUGAAUAUCAAAAUAGCUGAUUUUGGAUUCAGUAAUCAAUUUGCAAUUGGUAACAAAUUGGACACAUUCUGUGGUAGUCCGCCUUACGCAGCUCCAGAAUUAUUCCAGGGGAAGAAAUAUGAUGGACCAGAAGUGGAUGUUUGGAGUUUAGGAGUUAUUUUGUACACUCUUGUCUCGGGCAGCCUGCCUUUUGAUGGACAAAAUUUGAAGGAAUUAAGGGAAAGGGUGCUGAGAGGAAAAUAUCGAAUACCAUUUUAUAUGUCAACCGACUGUGAAAAUCUUCUGAAGAAGUUCCUCGUACUAAAUCCAGCUCGUAGAGGAACACUGGAAGCAAUUAUGAAAGAUAGGUGGAUGAAUAUAGGUUAUGAAGAUGAUGAAUUAAAACCGUAUGUUGAACCAGCGAAGGAUGUUAAAGAUGAAAAUCGAAUAGCUGUUAUCCAGCAAAUGGGUUACAGUCGUAAUGCGAUAGUGGUAGCGCUCGACAGAAGCAGUUUUGAUGAUCUUCAUGCAACCUACAUUUUGUUGGGGGAGAAAAAACGCGAGCUUGAUGGAGAAGUUAUCUUAAACUCCCAACUGAAUCCUGCAUCAGCACAAAGUGUUGCUCAUGGAAUAACACAGGGUCAAAGUUCCCAUGCCCAACCUCCUGCUUCUACUGGUUUUACUAUGACCCAAAAAUUUGUGCCUCGUUCAACAUCAGCUCAGGUGCCAUCAAUAAAGACACGACGCGGAUCACAGGAGCAAACGAUUGCACCAGCUGCUCAGCUUCCAACAACUGUUUUACCGUCGGAAAUUCACGCUACAACGUCACCUGUGACACAACGAGUUAUAUCUGGUGUAGCACCGGUUACGAUGCGACAUGCUGUUGGUCCACCGGGUGGUCGACAAGCGCUUAGUAUGCAACCGGGUCAUAUGAUGCCCAAUUAUCCAUCGAAUGUAAUGCAAACUGUCGGAAGUGGUGUACAGGCUGGUGCUAUACAUGUUUCUGGAUUUAGGAAAGCUUCCGCUCCGGCACGAACACCAUUAACUAAUUUAGGAACCAGGGGAAUUUUGCCGACGGGGCCACGAUUUGUGUAUCCGACGAUUGAUACGAAAGGUUUACCCAAAAGUAUCAGUGGAACAUCAUCUGCUCGUGGUACUUCAAGCUCGCCAUUUUCUUCGAAUUCUGCACAGCAGAAGGUCACAUCGCUUCAGAAAAGUGGUUCUAUUUCGGCGACUCCAAAUGAACCAUCAAUUAAGGAGGAUGACAAUGAAAACGGUGAACUGUUCACUAGUAACGGUGAUAAUAGCAAAGCUGAGCUAGCAGUUACUGCACAUGCAAUUACCGAUAAGGGCGAUAUUAAUCGUUAUGGUGGUAGUGAUGCCAAUGAUGGAGAUGUUAACGCGAUAUCACGGCAGCAAUCAUCUACAUCAAUAGUCGGUCAAACAGUCGAACAGUCGGAAAAAAAAGAGGAAAAGUUUCCUCAAAGAAUAAUAGCCGCAUCUACACAAGCAGUUAUAAAAAAUUUAGCUAUUAAAGAAACAUCACCAUCUGCACUGUUGCCACAUUCACAAGAUAAUAGCCCGAAUUUGACCAAGUCUGCAACUGGUUCCGCUCUAAGCCCUGUUUCAGGGACAUCACCUUCAUCAGGUGCGCAAGCUGUACCAUCAGGCUCAAUAUUAAAUACUCACGGUACAGCAGUACAAAAUGCUGCCUUUCCUAGACAUACUCGUAACAGGCAAACAUUUCAUGGGAAAACAGAGCACAACAAGGGAAAUAUGGAUGAUGAUGUUGAAUCGGAAGUAGUACAUGGUGCUAGUAACACAUCGGGCAAUGGUGGUCCACGUGGAUCAUUUCUCUCCAAACUAUCCAAGCUUACUCGUCGUGAUUCGUCUGCUCAGCAGAAGUCAUUAUCAUCAUCAUUAUCAUCGCAUCAUCACCAUCAAAAUUAUCCUUAUCAGCAAUAUGCUUCAUCAUCUAUUCGCGGUACAUCCGCACCUACUUCGGAAAACAGUUUACCUAAUACCCCUCUGAUAGUAUCACAAGUUCGUUGCUUUUCCGGUCGUGGUGCUUCAAUAAAUCAACAAGCUUUACCUUUACUCCUGUCACCAAUAGCUAUAAAGCAGGCAGUUCCGCGGCAUUCAUUUACUGAUAAUAAAGUUAACAUCCAUGGUAUUAGCAAUAACUACAAUGGUGAUAAUGAAGUUAAUAAUGUGCAAGCUUUAAAUAGCAAGCUUUCACUAACGGCCAGGCCGCUUUCGGUGUGUGUUGGUAGCAGUUCGCGUACAAUGUCGCCGAGCUCUGACCAAACACAGCCGCUAACAUUAGUUGCACCUCAUUAUGAUUUACUUCAUAUCAAUCCUUCCCGUGGUUUACAUUACUCGAAUUCUCUUUCCUCUGGCAAUCGCCGCCAUUCGCCAAUAUGCCCUAAUUCUCUGGUACAUAAAGUAGUACCUCAAAUACCAGAUUACUCAAUAGAUGCUUCCGCACUGCUCUCACCCUCGAAUCUUGAUUCCAUACUUCUGCCAAGCAAUGUGAGUGAUACCAUGCGAUCGUCCAUUGAUUCGAUCCAAUCGUUUAGCCCAUCGAUGGCAUCUCCAAACAGUGGUACCGUUACUGGAGGAAACCAUCAUCAUAGCUCGAGAUCGGGUGAUGCAUGCAGUGUCCAGCUACCACCAACUUACUAUAGCAGUGGUACUUUUGGUAGCAGGCCAUCAACUUGUGCCUCAUCUAUAUAUCAAUCAUCGCGCAGGACACCAAUUGUGGGAAUUGCUGAAGGAUCUGCUCUUACUACGACGUCACCAUCAACACCAAGUAACACCAGCGAAACGGUUAAACAUAGCGGUAGAAGUGGAACCAUUGGACCGACUGCCAGUAUUGCUGGAUUUAAGCGAUUAAACACUGUUCAGCAGCAUCCUGGUCAAUUUCCCGUGACACCAAAUGCAGCAUUGGGCGGUGGUAAUAUGUCAGAUGGUGAUGAAGUGAAGCCACGGUCACUGCGGUUCACGUGGAGUAUGAAAACUACCAGCUCUUUAGCACCCGAAGAAAUGAUGAAGGAAAUUCGGAAAGUUCUGGACCAAAAUAACUGUGAUUAUGAACAACGUGAGAAAUAUUUAUUAUUAUGCGUACACGGUGAUCCCAAUACCGACUCGCUGGUACAGUGGGAAAUGGAAGUUUGCAAAUUGCCAAGGCUAAGUCUAAAUGGUGUUCGAUUCAAACGAAUAUCGGGGACAUCGAUUGGUUUCAAGAAUAUUGCAUCGAAAAUAGCACUGGAGUUGAAUUUGUGA